ACCGUAGGUCCAGGCGAAUGUCCCAGGAUAUCACGCAUUCGAGAUCCACUGAAAAUCUCACGGUGCCCUACUUCAGGAGCAAGAGCCGCAGCGUGGAUCAUGGAUUCGCCGCGCCUUUCGAUUGGGACUCGUCGAAGAACAAGGUCGAAGGUCGCUUCGAAUCGGUCGACGAGUUCGCCAAGGAUACGGACAGCGAGAGCGAGGAUGGCUCGUCGACGAGGUUAAACUUCAACAUCAUCCCCUACACGGUGGGCGACAGAGACACGCUGACGUCCGUGGCCGCGAGAUUCGACACAACGCCAUCCGAGCUGAGCAAAUUCAACAGGCUCGGAAGUACUUUCAUUUACCCCGGCCAACAGCUGUGGAUACCGGUGGAAGGAGAAGGUCGGACAAAAGGCGGAACUGCCGAUGCACCGAGCCCGGUUACUUGUCACGAUCACGAGUCGCAGGAUGACCUGCCACCAGAAGAAAAAGAACUUUUGGACAACUUGAGGCCAGUGUCACCAAAAGUAAGCCAUGAAAGAGUGAAAACACCUCUUGGCGUCACAAAUACAGUUAUAGAGGAAGAAGAACAACCAUUUAAAGAGAGAUUUUUGAAAAUUAAUGUUCGUCAUAUCACAGAUGGUCAGGGUGUUGUUGGUGGAGUAUUGCUAGUUACACCAAAUGCAGUCAUGUUUGAUCCAAAUGUUUCCGAUCCUCUUGUAAUCGAACAUGGUGCUGAGUCUUACGGUGUAAUUGCACCAAUGGAAUUUGUGGUGAAUGCUGCAAUUUACUAUGAUAUUGCGCAUAUGCGUGUCGGACACACAAAAUCCGGAAACUUGGAUAAGAAGCCAGAAAUUUAUUACAUGAAGAAACCUUCACAAAGUGAAACUGUCAAGUGUCAGUCGCCAGAAAAGGAGGAGAAUUUUCCAGAAUUAACUGCAGACGAUGCUGAAAACGAGAGCUGUACCGAGAGAGAUGGAGAUGCUUUUCCAAAGGCCUUUGAGAGAGAUCUCGUUACUCCCACUAAUCUUCAAAAUGAGGACGAUACAACGACAACCAAAGAAAAGGAGAAGGAAAAAGAGAAGGAGAAGGAGACUAAAGAGGUGAGCAGUGGUCAAGCAAGUAGAACGUUAGAGGAACGUAGACGUUCUAUGCUUGAUCAUCACUGGCCAGUUCCUAGUAAAGAUCAGUAUCCAUGGCCUGUCGAGGAUGAACAACAAGAUUCUUUAAAUUCUGACAAAACGGAUUCCGCGAAGUCGAAGGUGAUUCCCGAAGGCGAAGAAGGAUCUCUAGUCAAACUGUCAUGCCACGACUCUGGUAUUGACAUACGUGACCCUAAUCCCCCUUUCCCAGUAGUUCAGCCCAACCCCACAAAGAAAGUUUAUUCAGACGCAGAUAUUGUCUUAUCUUCAGAUUGGGUCCCUCCUAUUACUAUUGCUCCGACGAACGUUACAACUGAUUCGCUAGAUAGUGGUUCUGCCGUUAAUGGUAGGAAGAAGGCGAGUUCAGUAUCAUUUAGCUUAGACAGUAAUAAUACGGAGGAACCUGAGAAAGAUGAGGAACAUAAAGACGAUGACAAACAAGAGACUCGCAGGAAUAAGAUGUUAAAACGAUUGUCAUAUCCUCUGUCGUGGGUGGAAGGGUUAACUGGCGAAAAGGAAGAUGAAAGUAAAUCUGGAUCUGAUAAAGUUCCGAGUCUUCCUAAUAGUGCGGAUUCUCAUCAUUCGUCAGUUUUCAGCAAAGUUUUCUCAAGCUCGCCGAUCAACCUGGUGAGUGACUUUAGCUCGGGCCUGUUUGCUAAAACUCCCAGCGAAGAGAGCGGUGGGGGCGGUAGAGCCGGAGGGACACCUCCGCUUACCGCCUCCUCUCUCUCCCAGGACUCCAGCAAUCCUCAGAUUUCACCUGGUCCAGGAGGGCUUAUGGGGCGGUCUUCCGUGGGCACGUUCAUCAGGCAGCAACCGUUGACGUCGUCAGGUAGCAGCAGCGUGGACAGUAGUCGAGGCAGCAAAACAUCGACCACCGCUCCACGAUUGGACUACCGUAGCAUGGUCUCUGUCGAAGAUAUGCCGGAGCUGUUCGUCAGUUUCGACAUCCAAGCACCUAAUUUUCCCGAACUCGAAGGCCUCGAGCUUAUACCACGACCAGCCCAUUCCUGCGAGGAUCCACCGCUGUACCUGAGACUGCGAACCGGAAGACCUAAAGACAAGAAGAUUCCACGAUCCACGCCUAUUAUGAGCUACGGCAAGAAGAAGCUACGGCCUGAAUACUGGUUCAGCAUACCACGCAACAGGGUGGAUGACCUGUACAGGUUCAUUCACGCGUGGGUGCCGUCGCUUUAUGGAGAACUGGACGAGAAUUAUUGGCGGGAACGCGGUUACAUACUGUUGGACACCGACACGGACCUGUCGCCGGAAUUAUCGCCGCACGAGGCUGGGAAAACUGGCGAGAUCACCGAGGAGGGGAAAUCCCGCAGCCAAGACAGCGACGAAAUUUCCGACCUGACGAGAGAAUCAUGGGAGCUGAUCAAGGCCCCCUACGUAAAGCUGUACAGCAUCCUGAAGACGUCGAGCACAUCGGCGGAUUCCGAGCAGAUCCAGGAUCCGGAGGUACCGAUCCCCCCAAAAUCCUCCGUUGUCAAUAUUACAAAAACUAUAGGAAUAACCCAGAGUUGCUCGAUGUUCACUAUGACAACAGAAAAAGAAAAAUAACGCACCUCUUAGAUC